GUUGUUUCCUGGUCAGUAUUGCCACGCAAGAUCGGCCGGUCGGAGGUCAGGUGCAGAUGAUUCCCUCUAAAAGCCACAAAACUGCUCAAUUACCCACUUUUGAUUAACCAGGAGCCGGAUGGAAGCCGCUAAGGAGGACACCAAGGCACUGAAAAGUGUAGAAGCAGCAGUAGAAGCAAGAGAAACCACCAGUGAGGGGGAGACACCAACACAGGGAAAUAUGGCAGGCAGUGAAAAGUCACCAGACACAAAGGGAACUCGCAUGGAAGAAACUGAAAUUGUGAAUGAAAGGAAGCAGAAAACUGAAGACAAGGUACAAAAACUACACUCUAAGAAUGGUGACAUACAACAAAAUGAAGUUCAAAAGGAGCAAGUACAAGAAUCAGCAAAGGAGCAAACAGUAAAUGAAGUUAAAGAUAUGGCACAGUUAGAGAAGAGUAAGGAACAGGAGCAACAGGGAGUAGAAGAGGAAGAGGAGGAAGAAGAGGAGGAAGAUGAUGUGUUUGGAGCAUUGUCUGUCUUCACCUCUGAAGUGUUUGCAACAUUAAGCUCUCCAGCUGAACCUCUCCAGCGGGAAGAAAGGAACCCACGCCCACUUGCAGCAAAUGGUGUAGAUCCAGCAAAUACAAUGAGGCUUCUGCAGGAUCUUAUGACAUACGAUGAAGAAGAGCCAGAUGUAACUUAUGGUCUUGGUCCAAUGGAUUCUCAUGGGCGGCUAGCAGUAGUUUCCCACUUGCUUGCAGCUUUGGUCACUACACUCGACCCUCAACACUUGCGUAGGCUGGCAACGCGAAUCAUGUCAGACUCUUGUGUUUGGGUUUCCCGGCUCUUUAGGUACUUUGAAUCAACUGCCUACAUCCAUGAGGAUGUUCGCGAGGGAGUAGUGAGAGUGUGCCGAAUGCUUCUUCACACUCGUUACCCCAAAUACACAACCGAUGGCUAUCAGGCUCUGUAUGCUAGACCUCCUGUCAUAUACACUAGCAGCACAGUCAGGCCAGGGCUGCCACAGCACAUUGCCACUAUGCUUGGUAUUGGAUGCGGCUGUGUGCGUGUAGUUCCCUGCAACACUAUAGUGGGCUCACCAGUAGCUAUGGACACUGCUGCACUAGAUCGUAUGAUGGCUGAAGAUUUGGCUGCACAAAAGAAACCUUUCCUUGUCAUUGCUAAUGCAGGUGGAGGAGCUGUAGGGGGUGUGGACAAUGUGGGGAGGAUUCAAGAGCUGUGUAAUAACUAUGAAGCCUGGCUGCAUGUUGAGGGUCAUGCACUCGCAGCUCUUACUCUGCCCAACGCUCCCAACUUGUCUGCCAAAGUAGGAGACAGCAUGACACUACCGUUAUCAUUGUGGCUGGGCGUACCCUCAUUGCCUUACAUUACUUUGUAUAGGGCAUAUGAAGCUGCAGCAGUCCAUGCUGUGGGUCUUACUGCACUUAGCCUCCAUGUGCGGCUGUCUUGUCUUCCUUUGUGGACCACACUUCAGACACUAGGUCAGAGUGGCGUGGUCUCGCGGUUUCAACAUGCCUUUGAACUUGGUCAGCAUCUUCAGCAGCAUCUGGCAACACUCUCCAGGAUACGUCUCUUGAGUCCAGCACCACCUGAUGGAAGCAAUUUUGUCACUAUCCAGGAUCUAGUUACUAAGCCUAUCAGUACAUCACAAUUGCUGGAGACUGUAAGUGGUUCAGUGGUGUUCCAGUAUGUAGAUGAAGCUAACAAUGGUGGGAAAAAUACCGAAUAUUACGACAAUCUAAAUUCCUGGUUGGGUCAGGUGGUACGGCGAGACGUUGGCACCAUACCUCUAGAACUGGUACAGCUCGAGACAGCAGGACUGGUGCUACGUUGGAGUCCCAUGGAAGGACCUGACACACAUCACAUAACAUUGGCUGAUGUCGACCAUCUCAUCCACUCCCUACAUCACCAAUUGGAUAUCUUGAAUGCAACGGUAGAGCAGCGGAAAACUUUCACUGAAUUAGUAUCAUCUGCAAAUAACCUUCAGUUAGUUGAAAUACCUGGUUGGGCUGGCCUUGGAGGAGUCCGUUACAUUGCUGACUUGUGGCUUGAUCAAAACCCAGUGUUAGAGACUACUAAAGAUGAUAUUAAUGCUCUUAAUGUUCAUUUAGUGUCCCAGCUCAAGGCUACUGACUCUGCUUUCUCCUUAGGUGAAGGGAGUGAUGGACUGAACUGUGUCAGGUUUGGGAUGGUGACAGCUGAUACUGAUCUGUCAGAGCUCCUCUCCUUAGUCAUUACUACAGGAAGAGAAAUUGAAACAUCAUCUAGAUUCCUUGACCAAAUGACUGACAUUGUCCGAAAAGGUAUUGAAGCAGCAACAGAGGACCUGAAGCGUGAGAAUGAGGAAAGACUGUGGCAAGAAGGCAUCCUGCGUCAUGUGCCAAUAGUAGGAUCUGUCUAUAACUGGUUUUCUCCUGCACCACCUCCAGGCAUCAAGGGGCGCACACUGGACCUUACAGCAGGUGUUCUAGAGAGUACCGAAAACAUAUACCGCUAUCAUAUGCAGAUCCGGCAUGGGUCUGCCCCAACUCGUAGUGAAACCAAGCUUCCCCCAGCUCCUUCAGUACAGACACCUGUGAGUCCUUCAGCCUCCUCUCCCUCUCACUCUCGCUCAUCCUCCACUACCUCAGCGCUAGUUCCUGGGUCCACACACUCACGCCAGGCAUCUGACCUUCCACCAACAACUCCCGACAUCAAGAAUAUUUCUGCUCCCACAUUAACAGCCAAUGGCACUACAGCAGCAGUGUAGCACUAAAUGCUUUUCACAGACUCUGGAUCAGUGUAGUGAGUUAUCAUUAUGGGCUUUGAGACGUGCAGUUAAAAAUGUCGAUAGAAAUACACUGUACUUUCCUUCUUUGAAGUCUAAAAUGACACCUUAUCACACAGUUAUGAGUCUUAUUAUUUUAUAUUCCUGUAUUAUAUUAUUGCAUUUGUGUGUGUUUCGAAUUUGUAUUGGUUAUUCUUUGGUUACCAACUUCAUUUUUUUUUUUUGUGUUUGCUAAAAUCUUCUAGCAGCAUUUUUGACGAAUAAAAAUUAUCUUAAUUUUUCACUGCAGUGAAAAAUGUAAUAUAGACAUUAAUUAGGGAAAACCCUGAAAGGCAUUUUCUUAAACUAGACAAUGUAUAUAAAUAUAAUUUUCUUUAUAUAUGUACUAUGUAAAUUGCAAAGGUGGCUCAAAGCUGCUUCUCUUUCUCUUGUGCCUUUUUUGUUAUAUUAAGCUUUACAGUGGACCCCUGGUUUACGAUAUUAUUUCAUUCCAGAAGUAUGUUCUGGUGCCAGUAAUGAACGAAUUUGUUCCCAUAAGGAAUAUUGUGAAUUAGAUUAGUCCAUUUCAGACCCCCAAACAUACACGUGCAAACUCAUUUACAUAAAUACACUUACAUAAUUGGUCGCAUUGGGAGGUGAUCGUAAAGCAGGGUCCACUGUAUUAGCCUCACUUUUUUUUUAAACUUGCUAUAAAAUGUCAAAAGCAUUUCUACUUUACUAGAAAAUCUGCAGUGUGAUUCCUUUCUAACAUCGUUUUUAAUUAGUAAAUGAAAAAGUGCGGUGAACAUUUUAAAAUUACACCAGAAUAUGGAUAACGUACUCAAAAUUGCACUAAAAUGCAAUUUGGAUACAGUGUAAUUCUAUCUUGACCUAUUUGUCUUGUACAUUGGUUAUUAGCCCUUGUAAUCUUGAUACUGUAUUGACUCUCGUGCAGGAUCAGUAUUUUGCAGCUAAUUUGGAUUGGGAGAAAAUUAAAAGCAUUUUAAUACAUAAAAGAAUUGAUAGUGAUGGAAAGGGAUGGUUAAUGUAAAAACAGAAUCCUAUGUUGCAUCUCUUUAUAUACUUGCAAUUCCAAUACAACUUUAAUUGGCAAACAAUUGACAGUAAAUAUGUAAUUUAAGUUUUUCAAUAAUUCCUAAAUAGUUUUUUUGUGUGUGUGAAUAUAUUUUAAUCUAUAUAUGAGAAUGUUUUUCCAGUUGUAAUAUAUUUGUAGAUUGGCCCUUUUAUGAAGAUUAUUUUUUCUGGUGAGUAAACAUAUUAAUAUGUUCAGUAGCAUUAUAUUCAACAUAUUUUGAUAUUUAUAUAUAUCUUUGUUUUUCAGAGUGUGUGAAUGUCAGAUACAGUCAAACCUCAGUUUUCGUAUUCCAUAGUUUGUAUGUAAAACUAUAGUUCUUCUCUAUAAAAUAUAUUUUUUAAUAUUUUUAGGUGUCUGGAACAGAUUAAUUGGAUUUACUGCCGGUGUGUUGAAAGAAGAACAACUAUAGUUUUACAUACAGACUAGGGCAUACAAAAACUGAGGGUUGACCGUAUUUAGUUCCUCUCUCCUGCACCAAGGUGUCUGCCCACUUUUUACUAAUGGCUACUUCAUUUGCUUUUUCUACUUUAAUCACUAUUUUCUUUUUUUUAAAGUGCUAUCAGUUUCUUUCUUAUGAUUCCUAAUAUCGGGAAUAUUUACCAGGAUACAGAUAUACUAGUGUGUUUGCCUGCAGUGUGUUGAAUUGAUCUACAAGAUGUUAUUUUUUUUUUCUCUCUUAUUUGAUUGAAUCAAUACACAGCAGCUUUAAUUUUGUAUCUACAGUAUGUUUUUUUUUUUUUUUUACACAUUCCACUUGUGCUGUGUAAGUCUUUACCGUCAGAGGUGGCAUUAUUAGGAAUUUAUUAGUUUAUUUAUUAUAGCUGUUGUACUGUAUUUAAAUUUUACUACCGAGUGAAUGUUUAAUUAUAUUUUGUAUACAUUUAUGUUAUAUUUGGUUAAGAAGUUGUUCUUAUCCCCAAAGUGUGUUUUGUAUAUGGUGUGACUUUUAUGGUGCAACUUUUGACAUUUUAGCCUGAAGAUGCUUCAGGUGAUAUUUUUCCCCACUAGAGUAUUCAAUGUGUUCCUUGCCUACUUGUCAUGAAAAUGUUGUUGGAAAGUUGCUUAUGAUUGUAGGUGUGUCACCUCUUGAAUUCAUGUAGUAUACUCAUCAAAGGUGUUAUACAGUCUAAUCCUCUUAACCCAAACACAGUUAAGCCAAAUAUUUGAUAACUUGCGCUAAAUGCUUCAGAAUGGGUAAGCCGUAAUUUUCCCUUUUAGCCAAACCCAUACAAAACAAAAGUAAAAAUGAUUUUUUCUGCAAACUGAAUCCAGGACACCUUAUUUUAUUUGGAUAAAAUAUCCAGGAACUCGCAGAUACCCAGUCAUUGCUUUUCUUUACAUCAUCGCACAUUAUUUAAACUGCAUACACUUGCUGAGCUAUACUGAUUUCUGGUGCAAAACUUGUUUUAAUAAACUUCAGACAAUGCUUGCUGAUGAUCACAUCAGAUAAAUUAUAAAUACAAAUUCCACCUGCUUUAAAGUUUAAUUUUAUAAUAAAUUUGUUUUCAUUA